GUGCGCAGGCAGUGCUCGCGGCGGCGGCGACGGCGGCGGGAGGUUCGGUUGUCGCCCGUUGGCCGCGCGGCGCCGCGCUCGGCGGCCGCCAUUGCAGCUUAUUUUCAGUUGCUUUUGUAAAGACGGAAGGCUCAUGGUACAAAUUAUUGUUUCCAGUGCUGGGGCUGGAGGCCUGGCAGAAUGGGUGCUGAUGGAGCUACAGGGGGAGAUCGAGGCUCGCUACAGCACUGGAUUAGCUGGAAACCUCCUGGGAGACCUACAUUACACCACUGAGGGAAUCCCUGUGCUGAUCGUGGGGCAUCAUAUCCUGUAUGGGAAAAUCAUCCACCUGGAAAAACCUUUUGCAGUCCUUGUCAAACACACUUCUGGGGAGCAGGACUGUGAUGAGCGUGCCUGCAAGACUGGUACCCGGUACCUGGUGACAGCACUCAUCAAAAACAAGAUUCUUUUCAAAACUCGCCCGAAGCCCAUUAUCACCAACGUUCCCAAGAAAGUAUGAAAGAACCCCGGAUUUUCCCUAGAGAGCGGCCAGCUCCUUGGACUCGUGCUCCACUGCCACCUCGAGGACGGCUCGACAGUUCCCUGGGACCGCAGGGGGGUCCUGUUCUAAACACAGGCCACCCACUGGGCAUGAUCUCGGAUUCCCUCCUUAUGACGCCUGGUUCUCUUGGUGGAAAUCUGGCCCCAUUUCCAAGGAAUUCUUCUCCUUUUUCAGCUUCAUCAGGUUCAUUGGCUUCAAAUGCGGCACCUUUCCCUGCUGGUGCUCGUGACCCAGGCAUGGCUUCUUUUCCAAGGGGAAUGAAUCCCACUAGCACAAGUGCAGUUUCUUUCCCAAGGCCAGGUGGUCUCCUUGGCCCAGGUCCGGGCCCAGCUGUAAACCCUAGAGCAGGGGCUCUUCCAGGCCCAGGGCCUCUGUCUAACCCAAGGUUAGGGGGUCUCCCUGGGCCAGGUCCUAUGCCCAACUCAAGGGCAGGUGGUCUCCUGGGAACAGGUCCUAGCUCCAGAAGUGGUGGCCCCAUGGGCCCUGGAUCUGCACCCAACCUGAGAACGGGUGUCCUUUUGACUUCUGGAAAUGGUCCUCCCAAUAAUAGGCCCGUUGGCCUGGGCCCUGGACCAAGUCCCAGUCUGAGAUCGGGCUUCAUAGGUUCAAACCCUGCCCCAAGGUCUGGUAUGUUUCCAGGCCCCAGCCUUGGGCCCAACCCAAGAGCAAGUGACCUGGGCCCAGGCCUUGGGCCCAACCCAAGAGCAAAUGACCUGUGCCCAGGCCUUGGGCUCAACCCAAGGGCAGGUGACCUGGGCCCAGGCCUUGGGCCCAACCCAAGGGCAGGUGACCUGGGCCCAGGCCUUGGGCCUAAUCCAAGGGCAGGUGGCCUGGGCCCAGGCCCUAAUCUGGAUACCAGAGCAGGUGGCCUCUUGGGCACAGGAUCUGGUCUUAACUUAAGAAUGGCUGGCCCUCAAGGCCUAGAUCUUGCCCCCAUUCUAAGAGCAGCAGGUCUUUUAGGAGCAAAUUCAUCAUCCUUUUCACAGGCUUCUGGAAACAUGGGCACAAGCCCACCUUCCAUGGCAAGAAUACCUGGCCCCAUGGGCCCAAACUCGGGUCCUGGCUCUCGGGGAAUUGGCCUUCCAGGGCCAAAUCCAUCUCCCAUGUCUAGGGCUCCUGGCCCCAUGGGCCCUAAUUCAGCUCAUUUUUCGAGGUCAGCUGGCCCCAUGGGAGUAAAUGCUAAUCCCUUUCCAAGGGGGACAGGUUCAGGGGCACUGAACCCAGCUGCCUUCUCUCAGUCUUCUGGCACAUUGGCUUCAAACCCAGCUACCUUCCAGAGGUCUGCUGGCCUCCAGGGCUCCAAUCCAGCAAUUUUCCCAAGAGCCUCUGGGCCUUUAGGACCCAACCCAGCUAACUUCCCAAGGGCCACCGGCUUACAAGGUCCAAGUCCAACUACGUUCCCAAGGUCUACUGGCCCACUCGGCCCUGGUCAGGUUACUUUCCCCAGGUCAGCUCCUGGGCCUCUGGGUUCUUCUCCAGCAGGCCCCGUGGGUAUCAACCCAGCUCCUUUUGCAAGACCAACAGGGAACCUGGGUCUAAACCCAACUUCCUUUCCAAGGAUGAAUGGCCCUGUAGCCAAGACUUUGGUCCCGUUUCCUAGAGUGGGUAGUCUCCCUGGCACAAACCCAGCUGCUUUCUCCAGACCAGGGGGUCCAAUGGCUACAAUGUACCCAAAUGGAAUGUUACCCCCUUAAAUAGCAUUUUCUCUCCAGGACCACCUUGGUUUCUAGGCAUCGUGGUUCUGGGCCGAGGCUGUGUUUUAGGCAAAAGGGUAGACAUGGAGCUACAGUCUGAAGUACAUAGCUGGGGCUCAAGUUCAAAUGAGCCAUCUUUUUCAAAUUCUGCUUCUUUCUUGAUUGAAGGUGAAAUGUUAUUUGUGGGACAUGGACUGCAGCAGGCGGAGUGAUCCUAGCCUCGAGAGAAGGGAUCCCCAGCCUUCAGAAGCCUGCUGUGCUUUUGUCCCACAGCUUUCUGCCCCUUGUUUCUUACUAGUUUCUUGAAUUGUUCUUGUGGACUUUCCUCAGGGAUACAUUGGCCUGCAGGUCCCAAUUCAUAUGCAGCCCCCUGCUCACCACUGGAGAAUCAGCUCACUGCGCUCUAGAAACGCGGCACUGGUGAGCAGACCGUGCUUUGGCAGUUCGGACCCGGGCAGCUUGGACCUGGCCACCCUCUACUGCCGUACCUUUCCCUGGGGGCUGGAACACAGAAUAGGGAGGUGGGAGACCACUUUAAAGACCCACCAAAUACAAUUUUUACUUGAUGGCUAGUCCUGCAGCUGCCUUCUCUGGGACUCAGAGGAGGCCAGAAUCAAGGCUCCAAUGCUCAUACAACUCCCUCCACUGGUACUCCCGAUCACAGAACCUCAGAAUUUAAGCUGAUGCGGAUGGGACAUGGGGUGGGGGGCUGGGGGUGAAGGGGAGAAAUCACUGUGCUUUGUUCAACCUGAUGUGAAAGGAUGGUUGUUUUUCCUGCGUUGUAUCUUUUCUAACUGUUUCUUUAAUAAAUGGGAUGAGAGGGC